GCACUAUGAGCUCCUCACAACGAAGUUGGAUGGAUCCCCGCCCAAGCACAGCAUUGUUGACUUUUUUACAUGGACAAGAUUAGAUUAAGACUGCUUGUGGAUCAUCUACGUUGCUGGUCUCCCCACUAACAGAUUGAUAGCUCAUGCUUCUACUACCUGUCCACAACAUUUAUAGGUUUGUCCACAACAGUUCUCAAGCACCACUACACAUGCUCACCACCAAAAAGCGUCCAUUUUCUUAUGGGACGAAGUUCUUAAACUUCAACUUAAUAUUAGUACUGGUGUAGAGACACAUCACCUUCAACCACAAGAGACGAAACUUAAUCUUAGUUCUGGUGUGAAGACCUUAGUACUGUUGUGAAGACCUUAGUAUUGGUGUAAAGACACAUCAACGCACAUCAACUUCAACCACAAGAGACGAUGAAGGUUUACCUUGCGUGUCCGGAGGCUCGGCCUCUGUGGAGUUACAUCGUGCAGGAGUUUGGGUAUGAGUUUUCUGACAAGGUUCAGGAUUGCGACAUUCUAGUCUGUCCCGAUCAGGGCCGAUCACGAGAGGAAGGCGUUGCUUUGGACCAGUUGUUGCGGUCACUGCAUUGGCGAAGUAGUAAGGCUAAACAACUGCUGUGGAAGAAAUUUAUGACUUCAGAUUGAUGAAGUGCAUCCACAUCUAUGCAUAGCGAAAUUUGUCGUGCCACGACAUAAAACACAACUUGCACCGCCUCGCGUUAGGCACGUUCAUUCAUUCACUCAUGGACGAGGUUACAGAUUUUUUUUUGUUAUCUGAGUCUACUACUCUCGCAAUUGUCUAGAGAUGAAGAUUGUCUUCGUUACUCACUGCGAAGCAGCGGUAUCAAAUAACAGCCACUAACAACUGUCGUGCUAGCUACCUCCCAUAUUGAAUGUAACCGCGUCUUCUAGGCCGACCACAAUCACGACCCAUGAUGAUAAUAUCCCACGACCAUCGCGGCCCUCUCUUUCAUAACCGCCUCCGGCGCGCCGCCUCCUCCGCAACCGAACACUCCCUUUGUCAAAUUGACAAAGCUUCCUGGUAUGAGUGACAUUUGCGAAAAAGUACGGUUUCACAGACUACUGCAAGUGGUCAAAGUCUUCUUCGAUAAGGAGAAGCUCGAUUUGUGCGUCCCCGAUACCUACAUUCUCCCGGAACAAGCGCCCGCUCUGCGCCGCGACUGCAGAAGCGCAGGCUCAAACGGAGGACUUCGACAGACGUUGAUUGUACUUUUCUUGGCUUUUGUCUUGUUCCUCUUCAGGUUUAUUUUAUUUCACCAAUUUAGAUGUAGACUAGAAGAAGUGGAUCAUGAUGCUGAAGAUCCACGAUUAAUUUCUUUGAUUUAUAAGAUUUUAUUUUUUAUACAAGUAACUACAGUGAUGAUCUUCAGUUGAGUAAUUCAUCUUGUUUUCACGGACAGAACAUAUUGAUCCUGCUACCCUCAACAUCCAACUACUCGUCCAGAUCAAACCCGAGUAUGGUACCCAGGGUGCUGGUAUUUUCCUGUGCCGCACAGCGCAAGAUUUGAACCAACACCUGGAGAAAUUUCGAGUGGGGAGUUCCAACAUGCGCAAGAGUGUAGCACAGGUGUAUGUGGAGAAUCCUCUACUGCUUGACGGCUACAAAUUCGAUUUUCGCCUCUACGUGGUCAUAACCGAAAUUGUGCCGCACAUGAAGGCGUUGCUGUACAAUUAUGGGUUGAAGAUGAUAUAAUUCAUCGGCUUUGGAUUGAUUUAGUAGCCUAGAGGGGUGGAGGACAUGGGGACCACGUAAACGUAAAAAUGGAAACACCCUCCGCGGCAUCGCUACGUGGUCGUCUUUCAGUAUCUAGCGGAAAACUUCUUCUACUUAUCAAUCUAGAGAAAUAAACAAGUUACAAGCUCUUCUCUAAUCCAAAGAAGGCCUAGCACGUUUUUGCACUACGCGAUACAAAGGUGCUGGGCACAUGGACGACCGGACGAAGAGCGAAUCCUCGCAUCUGACCAACUACUCGAUUGCGAGAAAAAGUUCCUUGUUCAAGGAAGGCAGAACCAAGCGUCUCCUGUCUUUGACACUACAGCAGAUGGCGAAGAAGUAUCCGGAACGAUUUUCAGUAGAAAAAUUCUGGAAGGACAUGGAACUGCUGACCAAGAAGAUGAUGUUGGCGAUGUCGCCAACGCUGUUGGCGGAACUGAUCUUAUGGAGGACUGGGUGAUGGUGUUUACUUGAACUUCUCAGUAAGUACUUGUUGGUUAGAACUAAUAUCUUAGCACUCGUAGUGGUCGAACUGGUACGAUUUAGCCUGCUUGUCGCAGUCGCUGCAGAACCUUCUUCAUCAUGUCCCCUCUUCUAAUUCUCCGUGUUAAGAAGUUAUCGAACCCAGAUGUGCUGAAUUUUUCGCAGGACGUAACUUUUAACCAUGUUUUGGGUGUCGACGUGAUCUUAGAUGACAACAUGAAGCCCUGGCUACUAGAAGUGAACGCCACACCGAGUUUGAGCAUUGAGAAAGUGGUCGCCUCCGAACUUCGUGACCAGGUGGCGCGUGGAGCUGGGCCCCCGCCUGCAGUUCCUAGACCUUUUUUGUGUGAAUCAGUGGAGGCAACUCUGGACAGUAGAGACCCCGAGGAACCUAAAGGACAAGAGGAAGAACAAGAGACCUAUGGGGAUAUGCUGGGACAGCUGGACCAACAUGUUCUGGAUCAACACAAAAGAAGUAGUGACCGCAAAGACUUUGUGCAGACACCUGCACCUCAUUCCCGUACUUCUACUGCAAAUCGAACCAGGACAGUAGGCGGACCUAGUCUUGUAUCAAGAACGACAAGUAGUAGCACAACUAGUGAUACAAGUGCGACCAAAAAUAACUCAUGUUGUCCCUCAACGACCUGUGCCACAUCUUCUGCCUCGAGAAGGCUGUCAGAGUCGCCAACCAAAAACAGGACGAGUCCUAGUCCAGGCAAGGCGAUGCGCAUAGUGAAUAUGAAAAAUCCUUCGACCCCAUUGAGCCGACCAGGUCGCAAUUCGUCGCUAUCGCUUGCGGCACGUAAUUACAUCUCAUCUGGAUCUAGCGGUAGUGGUAGUAGUGCAACAUCUAGUACCGCAGCUGCUCCAGAAGAUUCAGCGGAGCAAGUCCAUAGCCAGCGAAAAAGCACUGUACUAGCCCAACAAGUAGCCGAGCAAAAGCAAUCAGCAGAGAAGCAAGUAGCCGAAAAGAAGAAUACAAUCUUGAGAUCUCCGACUAGCCCAACCUCCUUGCCUAGAACAGCUGUUUUUGCUAAUCCGAACACACCACCAAGAAGCCCUACAGGAGCCACUCUAGAGCCUCGAAAUGAUGCUAGCCCUAUGCUUUUUUACAAUGAUGCAUCUCCCUCCAGAGUUAGCACACCGUCACCGAACAAGGAGCUUUUGUUUUCGAUGGGUGGCGGGGUAUCCCCGACGCCAAGUAACAAUGCUGAACCCGCGAACAAUUAUACAGGUGAUGCAUCUGCUGGUACGACCGCUGCAGCUUCCGGCACAGGCGCCGGCUCGAGCAGUUUCAGCACACCGACUAGCAGUUAAGCCGGGGACCGAUAAGGGACUCACACUCCUUUUCCUUUUUUCCUCUCCUCCUUGGUGAAGCUAUUAGAAUUGUCUCAAACGAAUUCGCGAAAGCAACAAAACCAAUUAUCUCCUUCUAAUCUCCAACCACCGCUUCCUCGAUGGCACUGACCGACUACGAGAAGUCUCAGUCACGCAGUUACAUCUCUGAUAUCUUCCGCAACAGAACGACCAAUCCGAAACGUCGGCGCAUUUUUGGGGGUGCUGUGUGUACCUGUGACGAUUUCAACUCCAGACCUCACCACCACAUCGAAUCCGAGGUGGAUAUUAGAGCCAAAUACGGACCGGUACUUCUGAUACCUUCUGCAGGAGCAGGACCCGAAUUUUUUUCUCCAAAUGAUUCUAGGACGCACACGCAAGAGACUAUAAUAUAAUUUCUACUUCUGUAGUACUAACUCGCACACGCAAAAGACUAUAAUAAUUUCUACUUCAUCUCUACUUCUACUAACUCCGAUAAAUCUUCUACUAACUCCACCGACAAAUGACCUUUGCGAAAUGAAACCCUCACACGGACAGAUCAAAACCCUUUUGACCGAUUUUUCGAAGACGAUACAUGAUCCAUCGUCGUGCUUUUUCAUGCCCAAUUCUGCUGUCUUGGCGAACAGUGUGGUGCAGUCUUUGUGUCUUGGUGUGCGGAAGGAUGUUAUGCCUCCGAUGGAGAACAAUGUUAAGGUCAACAUUUAGUGUCCAUCUGUCUCGGCAUCUUGGUACCCUUUUCCCUUGUAAUUUAUUUCUCAUGAAUAUAAUUACAAGGUACAACAAGGGACCCCAAGAAAAGGGGGGCUGAGAUGCAAUCUAGCAGACUCUAACAUCAAUGGGGGUGGAUCGUCGCAUCCAAAUGCCAGUAAUGGUGUUUCGUCACCUUCUUCGUCUCCUCGGACCGCCGGUAAGAACUCUCCUCGACGUUCCUCGCUAGGCCAUGGAACGCAACACUCACCGAUUAUUAGAGUGAAUCGAAGAGGCGAAGUAAUGCUGGAAUCUACGGAUGGAGGCACGACUUCGCCGUUAACUGCGAAGAAGAACGGAGACAACGUGCAACAACAACAACAGACUGGAGGAAGUGCCACAGCGAAAGGUAGCACUAGUACUAAUUCAUCAACAGGAGGAGCAGCAGAUCGUAACAAAAAGACCACAUCAUCACAGAAGGGAAGUGCUACUUCAUCUGGUACUUCCUCAGACGCUGGAUCCACAGCAAUGCCUCACAUUAAUUUGAAGGGGGUGUGCUUGCGUCUGAACGCUUUCCCGAACUUCAACGAACGACAUUUGCAAGAACUACGAAGGAUUUUGCAGGACAAUGAAGCGUUUCGGUCAAACCAGGUACUGAGUAUGUAGAUCGAUCGAGCCAGGUACUGAGUAUGUAGAUCCAUGUAGAUCUUCAUCAUUUAUAGUAUCAUUCUUUCACCUCUGACGCUAACUAAAAAGGAAUGUCCCUAUUCCCGUUGUCAUCACCUGCACUUCUUGUUUCAGUUCAUAAUCUCCCACAAAAGAGACUUCCGAGGCUUCUCAGUGUCCGAUCCUCCUCAAGAAAAUCUCUCACAGACUUCCGAGCCCUGCCAAUGUCCGAUCAUCCUCGAUGUCUGCAAUCGCAAUGCACCCUAUGCCGCGAGCUUUCUCAAGCUCUACCGCUUGUUCCGGAAAACUGCAGAGUUGUACGUCGAAAUGAUGAUCAAUUGCCGCGCAGACCAGGGUGUUGCUAGCGCACUAAGCAGUCAUGCUGCUUUGGUCGGAAGGGAUGUUGACACGGCAAAUCAAGACUACGAAACUCCUGGUUCUUCCACUGGAACAUCUUCUACCUCCACCACAGGAGCUGAGCAGAACAAUUUGACUCUGUCUUCAGCACAGAGUCGCAUUGCAACGAUGGUUCGAAGCGAGCCGAAAUUGUUUUUCAAACAUCAUCAGAUGACAGUAGACUCCAUGCUCAGAAGUUUGGAGAAAUUGCAGAAGCAACUGAUCGAAUCUACCACAUUCUUAGUGCCUUUUCCCAGUUUGGCUACUAGUGGCAGUAGAUCUUCAGGGGCUGCGAGUACUAAUGGUGGCAAGAACAACUCUUCUUCAUCGGCAUCCGAACGUGGAGGUACAGCGCCAAAUGGAUGUGCUACGUCCUCUGGUACCGCUGCCGCUGUCCGUUCUCCGACGAUCAAGAAACUAUUAGACAGGCUGUCGAAUCGCAACACCUCUGCAUCAAGUUCAUCGGCCUCAACAUCUGCUGGGUCAUCUUCAGAAACGGGUGGAGGCUCCUCUUCGAACAAGCAGAUUCAUAUGUUCUAUGGUGAACCAAACACACCAACUUCAGCAGGAGGUAGUACUUUGAACCUUGUCAACUAUGGGUUCAAUGGAGGAAAUAAUGCUUCAGGAGGAUCUUCUGGUGCAAGCAAUAGUAGAAGUAGUACUAGUAGUAGUGCAGGAGUAUCAACUACUAGUGGAUCAUACCAAAACGCGAUUGCGGAUAUGCCUUCGCAUCUACAGUUACCGAAGAAACGCACAUCGGAAGACACGCUAGGUGGUGGCAUUGUCAUGUUGCUGGUGGGCUUGUCCGCUCUGGCUCAAGGCGGUCACUCAUACUACGAGGACUACGACCUGGCACUGGGUGUGUUGGGAAUCAUCUCUAGGAUCAAAACUAAUGGGAGACCGCCGCAAGGUUGAGCUUCUAUUGAGUGGACUUAAAUCACAGAUGUAGUACACCAGAUCUACGAUGACUGUAAUGUAGAUGAUUUAGUACAACAAGUGAACAGAAUGGAAUCAACAUACACCGCUGGUGAACAAUCAUCGUGCAACCUAUAUAGAAUUCACAAUCCUUUUUUUGUAAAAAGCACUUGGUACGAUAUCUCUUACUCUUACUUUUUCAAUUUGAAGCCUAGUACGUAGAAUUAGAGGCAAUAUUUUCAACAUCCAAAUAAAUGUAUCGAUUUGUAUAGAAAAUGGACACCAUGAUUGUAACAAAGUCUGAACACUAAGAACAUCAAAGAUGAAGUCGUCCAAACACGGGAAUAGAAAAUUGGAGUACCACUUUCUAUCUCAGUUUUUGGUUUAUCUCUUCUUCAACAUGAUAGCAUAUUCUCAAUCUAUUAUUCCAAUUCUUAUUCUUCCGAGAACGAAGCAACAGGCCAUAAAAAUGCACACAUGAAAUCAAAACGAGUAACGAUGUUCAGAACGUCUAAAAGUAACUGUUUUACCGGAUUUCUGAAAGAGCCUAAGUAGAAACCAAACGUCGAGUUAUCAUCUUCUGACAGCAUAUGAUGGCGUCUGAGGAUGUCUGUCCAUAUAGUGCAUUGCAUAUCUUGAAGAUCGUGAGUUACUGUAUCUAUCAUGCCUUCACAGAGAUCUACAACUUGUUACUGUAUCUAUCAUGCCUUCAAAGCGAUCUAAGUACAACUACAAGUAAGUACAGCAUUAGUACCGAAAAGAACAUUGUAGAUGAGUCUUCCUACUUUUUCAACAUAAAAAUCCGUGUGUAAAUAGUAACGUUAACAGGAUACUGUGAAGAAGAAAGCAAAGAAGUCAGUAAUGUAUUUUUGCGGACAGACUUCGCAAUGAGGAUAGGGUCGUGAAAUUUCAAUUUUUGCAUAUGGAGGAUCAAAACUUUGAAGCAUGAAAUUUGAAGAGCGAAGUAGUCUUAGUCUUGGUG